AUGGCCGUGGCUGCAGCUGUGGUUCUCCGAGUGGAGAGGCAGCGUUUGCGAGCAAAGAACUCCGUGACUCGCCAUGGCACUUUGCGCAUGGAACCCGUGUGCAACGAGGAUGAUGAGAUCUGCGAAGUGCUGGAGGGACAGCGGCAAAAUCAGCUGGAGAGCGAGAACGAGGCGUAUCGUGUCUCCAAAGCGUGGACCGAAGGCACCUGGGCCGCAGAUUGGGGCCCCGGAGGUCCCACCUGGCCCUCCCUGGUCCCCGAUGCCUCGCCCAUGCGGAGGAAGGUGCCGAAACGAGCCGAUACGUUGCGCUUUGACGACCCCUUAACAAGUCAAACCAUCUUCCGCGUCGUGUUGCCUACCGUAGGGGCUCUCCUUGGCGGUGCCGCGAUCUACGGUCCAAGCUGCCUGUGGUUGCAGGACAAUCUGGACACUGGAAAUACCGGUCGCGGGCCAAUCUUGCAGUUGCUUGCCAUGGACCAAUCGCAGUUCAUGCAGAAUUUCUUGACGGUGAACGGUUUGUUAUUCACCAUCCUCUGUGGUAAUACCUACACCUCGCUGUACAACCAGCAGGAGAUUCUCUUUCAUGCUCUCUUCGUAGAGGUCUCGGAGGCGAAAUCCUUGUUGGAACAGGCCUGCCUGGUGUGCCAAGGAAGGCCUUUUUAUCCAAAGAUGUUGGAUAGCAUCAGAGAUUACGUCUCCACGGACCUUCGUCGCCUGGAUGUGGAGCCAGCGGAGUUGCUGGCGAAUCGACCCAUGGACGACCCCUUGGAGUACAUCCUCUACGCUACGUCCGUGGGGGUUCCAUCCAUCAUCUACGACACCAUUCGGGACCUACGGCAGGCCCGUGGGCAGCGCUUGGGUGCCAUGCAAUGCAAGCUGCCGGCGAUCCAUUUCGUGUUGCUCUACGUUUUGGGCAUCCUGGAACUCAUGGCAUUUCCGCUGCUGGGCGCCGGAACGUUUUCCAUGGCGCCCGAUGAGAAGAUCCUGAGCAUCCAAGCACUCUUCUUUGGCGCCAUGUGUGGGGCCAUCGUCAUGACUCUGCAAGUGAUCUAUGAAUUGUGGAAACCCUUUGGCGGGGCAUACACCGUGGACACCGCAUUGUCGCGCAUGGUGGCGGGCUUGGAAGAG